AUGGUUAAUACAAUGCCGAAAGGUUCUGAAACAACAGCUAAAGAAUGUCACGAUUGUGGACAAAGUGGACCGGAAUGGUGCUCAAUCAAUCACGGUGUGUUGUUAUGUGAUGAAUGUUGUAGCGUUCAUUUAAGUCUUGGUCGACACAUUUCGCAAAUAAAAUCAUUCAAACGAAGUUAUUGGCCACCGUGUCAAUUGAAUCUGAUUCAAGAACUAAGUUCUAAUGGUGCUAAUCUCGUCUGGGAAUAUGGUUUACUUGAUCCACAAAAUAAAUUACCAAGGAAAAAACCAUCGGCGAAAGAUUCUUUACCGGUUAAAGCAGAUUUUAUUCGAACAAAAUAUCAACAAAUGGCUUAUAUCAAUCGUUUAAAGGAGGAAACCAAUGGAACAUUCGAAGAUUUACAUUUGCAAUUACAUUCCAUUGCACGAACAGAUAAUAUUGUUACAUGCUUACGAUUUCUUUCUCAAGGUGCCGAUCCAAAUUACAAAAAUCCAGAAACAGGAACAUCAUCAGUUCACGUCGCAGCCAGCCGUGGUCAACAAAAUCAAAUUGAAUUACUGUGUAUUUUUGGUGGUGAUCCAGCAGCCAUUGACAGCUCGGGAGUGUCGCCAGAAGAACAUGCACGCGCAAAUGGCUAUUCCGAUCUCGCUGACCGUCUAGUUGAACUUCAAUAUGAAUUAACCGAUCGUCUUACGUGUUUUAUUGGAGGAAAGCGACCAGAUCAUAAAACUGGGGUGCAUAUUAAUCUCCCCGAACUCAACGAAAAUCUCGAUAUAUCCGAUCAAGCACUUCUAGCGCGAAAGAAACUACAACAGUUACCCGAUCAAUUAUUCGAAGACUUAGCAAUGGAUGUAUUCGAUGAAGUAGAACGUAGAGAACUGAAUACAACUUGGCAUGCUCAAGUGGAUAAAGCUUUAAUACCUCUGCAUGUUGUACCAUUCCUACCCGUUAAUCCUGCAUUUUCUGCAACGCGCAAUCAGGGUCGCCAAAAACUUGCUCGCUACGGUCCUAGGGAAUUCACCACUUUCAUUUACGAUAUAUUAAAUGAAGUUCGUCGUCGAUAUCAUGGAAUUGUUCAACAAUCACCAGUUUCACCUGGUUCAUCAUCAAAAUUUCACACUCUACCUCGACAGCAUAAUCAAACCAAUAUCACUAAUAAUAACGCAUCUGUAUCAACACAAGAUAUGUUACAUGCGAAUGGACAAUCGAUAAUGUCGUCGACAGCGGCACUAAUUAAUGCAUUUAUUGAUUCAGAUGAUGAACCACUAUAUGAUAAAGUAGCAUCGGAUGAAGAUUAUAGUAGUUUACCUCCAAACGAACAACAAAAACGUUCUAAAAUGCAUAAGAAAGCGAAAAAACCGUUAACAGGUGAUUCUUCUAAAGAACAUUUUGCCGAUGGUUCAUUACAAUCGCCAAGCGGAAGUAUGAAUUUUUCGGAAAUAUCCAAUGAUGAAAUGCCGCGCAAUCAUCGUUCUAAUGAUUUAAAAUCACGUGUUGCUAAUACUGAACUUCAACUGAAAUAUUUAGCAUGCGCUCAUAUAGAUCUGAAAAAUGAAUUAGCUGUUUUGCAUCAAAUGAUUCAACGUUUACUCGACGAGAGCUUGCUGAAUAAAGUAGACUUUCAAGUUUCGAACGAUGUCAUUACAAAUCAUGACAACAAUAUCUCCUGUUCACAUAUGGAAGUUCAUACAUCAGGCAUGAUCAAUGGCGACGACACCAACCGAAUUAUCAAUAAAUCAAUUCAACAGUUAUUUGAUAAUCAUAGUCGUCAAUCAAGUCCAAUUGUGGAAAGUGACUAUGAUAACACAACAGUUGUGGAAGAUCCUGACAAUCCAGGAACCCAUAUUAUUCGACAAACAUCACUUGCCCAUGAUAAAAGAUCCAGCCGUAGUAUGCAGCGGUUUCCUCAAGCAGAAGAUGACUCAACUAAUGGAUUGAGUACUGCUCGAGCAUUUCGUUCAACAGAUUACAUAAAUGCAACAAAUAUUGAAGUUCCAAUUUCCAAAUCUCCAGCAACAAACGCUAAUUCAGGACAAAAAUCGGCUAUUCCAACAAGUAACGGCCGCGCUCGUUCAUGUUCAGGCGGACGAAAUAAAGUUGUUUCACCAUCAGUUCAAACACGAAAAGGAUCAACCGGACAAACUGAAUCAAGCGCUGAUAUAGAUAAACGAACAAGAAAAAUUACUCAUCGAAUUGCCGAAUUAUUUAGUUUAAUUAAAGAAAAUCAAUCCGAUCGCUAUGUCACAUGUGCCGACAGAAUCAAUAGUUCUGUUCAAGAUAUGAUUCGUCUAUUCGAUAGACUUUCAUUAACCGAAGACAUACGAACCAAUCUUGAUUUAUUAAACUCAAGUGCUCAACAACUUCUUGCUCAUGCGACGUUAAAAGAAAAGCUUCCAAUGCCGAAUAGUACCAGUCGCACCGAACAAAUUCAAUUCAUCAUUGAUGAUUGUUACAAUAUUGCCUUAGCUACGAAAAGUCUUGUUGGACUUUACCAAAAACUAUAA